AUGCUAAACUCAUAUGGAUCCGGGUUUAUCUCCCGACCUACAAGGGAUACCACCCCCGUGGCACACAUAACGAACAGUCAUGAUAAUCAUCGGACAGCCCGAGGGCUACACCAAAAUACGCUCAUGCCCUCCCGAAAUUAUGGAACACAAACCCCACAACACGGACGCACCCUUACCCACACACACGGCACUCAGGACACUGAGAGGAGAGACGCACGAAUCCACUCAGGACACAAUACACAAUCCAAGACGAAGAGACCUGUGAGUCUCCUAACAAUGGAGGUUGGACGAGAGGCCUGCGAGCCUCAGCACAUUCUGUACACAAAUCAAAACUGCUAUAUACGAAACUGCUAUAUAUAAACCAUAUACAUACGGCUUGCUCAAUAGGCCAAGUCGCAGAAGAAAAAUGUAAUUGAGAAUACUCGUGACACUUGAUAAAAGGGACUUGCAAGUCCGUCAACAUUGUGGGCCUGCGAGCCCAACUAAACAUCAGUGUUUUCUUAUCUUCUGAUAACUCACCUUGGAGACCUGCGAGUCUCAAAAUCUUGAAUAAUCUAUACAAAUAAAAAUUAUAUUCACAAAAAAAAAUAAUAAUAAUAUCAGGAAGUAUUACUUUACUGAGAGGGUAGUGGAUGCAUGGAAUAGCCUUCCAGCUAAAGGGGUAGAGGUUAACACAGUAAAGGAGUUUAAGCAUGCGUGGGAUAGGCAUAAGGCUAUCCUAACUAUAAGAUAAGGCUAGGGACUAAUGAAAGUAUUUUACAAAUUGGGCAGACUAGAUGGGCCAAAUGGUUCUUAUCUGCCGUCACAUUCUAUGUUUCUAACCCUAACUAUAUAUGUCUAGCUUAAUCCAACACUAGCUAACCCUUAGCCUUUCCUUAUACACCCCUGAUACUAACCCUAGUCACAACCCUAAUUCUAUAUCUAUCCUAAUCCUACACUAACUAUAACACUAAAAUUAACCUAACAUCAAUGCAAAACCCAUCGAAGUGUAAGUGUACAGAUUAAGUAUAAAGUAUGCAUUUCUCAUUAUAGGUAUACACUUUAUACACAGCUGGAUGUAAUAUUGCAACAAAUAUGCUUGGUAACAAAAGACAGAACACUACAAAAGUAAAAUCGAAUGAUGUGAAUUAAACACAAAAUUUAGUUGAACAAGAAAAUAAUAAUAAUACCCUUGUCUGCCAUAAACGUCAAGGUUCCAAAAGCAAUAAAAGUUAUAUAUACACAAAGCAUGACAUUGGCAGCAAUGAGUACAAGAACCUCUAUAUAUUUAAUAGAAGCCUAUACAAACUUGACAUUUUUAAAAACAUGUUGUUUAUAUGAACUGCACGUUAGUUGAAUUAAUACUUUAAAUGGUAGGAAUAGCCAAGACAAUUUUAUGGUGCUAUCUAACUUGUUUGUACUUUGUAGGUUUCCCGAUAGACUGUGAUAAACUUCCUAAAGGCAGUCAAAGUGGAGUGUAUGUGAUCAAGCCUAGUUCUUCACCUCCCCUGGUGGUUUUCUGUGAAAUUGAUGAUGAAGGCAAUCGUUGGACUGUAUUGCAGAGGAACACCCUGAAAACUGAAAUCACUUGGUAUGAGUCCUGGACAACCUACAAGUAUGGCUUUGGCAACGUGCUGCAAGAUCACUGGCUGGGCAAUGAGUACAUCCAUUUGUUGACUGCCCAACGUCCCUAUAUGGUGCGCUUUGUGAUGGUUGACAAGAAUGAUAAGGAAUUUUAUGCUGACUAUGAUAUCUUCAGCAUUGACCAAGAGGUCAAUGGAUAUACCCUUCGCCUGGGAAGAUAUUCAGGCACAGCUCCAGACUUUCUUACUACUUUCGACUCAGGAAAUGUGCAUGACAAUAUGAAGUUCUCCACUAAGGAUAAGGAUCAGGACCGGAGCAGUUCACACUGCGCCGCCAGUUACGGAGGAUGGUGGUUCGAUAACUGCCAGCUUGUUCACUUGAAUGCCAAGGGCUACAUAUUGUGGAAGAGUAUCUGCAGUGGUGACUGUACUAAGUCCAAGAUUAUGGUCAAACCCACAGGUAUCUGCUGA